CACGUGCUGAARUCAACAUGGCUGACAAAAAGAAGAARUCUUCGACGAAAGAAAUCAAGAAAAAUACCAAGCUUAUACUUGAAAGUUUAUCAAAUGCUAAUCUUUUAGUUGAUAUUCUUGAUAUUUCUGAUACCGAAGAGGUUGAAAUACUUUUAGCRUUCAUCAAAUCGGUACACAAAAUCUUCACUUCGUUCCUGAACAACAASAAACUCGUCCAAAAGAAAUCUGCUCAAAACGUUGAAGAUGGCGAAAAGACGACCACUAUGGAUGACGAAGAGAAUCCAGACGAUGUAUUUGGAGUGUGGCUUUAUGAGAAAUAUYUAGCAGUUAUCAACAGGCUACUUAAACUUCUCAACCACAAAGUUACUGAUGUACAAGAGCUAUCUCUGUGUACUUUGAUGAAGUUAUUGGUAGCUGAACACAAAGGUYUUGUCACAAAUAGCAAAUCAUUGUUUCCAGUUGUUUUGUACGGCAAAAUAAUCGACGAGUUAUUAAAUGACGACUAUGACAUGAGUGGUUUGAUUGAUAGAUUUGGCGAGUUUGUKGAAUACGAUGACGUACGGUAUUAUUCAUUGAAGAAUUUGAACAAGUCGCUUCAAAAUCGCUCAACAGAAGCCCCAAAGUACAACUUCUUUGUCAAAAACACUUAUGCUUUGCUCAAUCUAGUGAAAUUGCCUUCCAGUGAAGAAGAAAUGACAAAUUUCUUGGUUGUUAGUGWCCAAACUCAAGCAAAAGAGAAAGAUAGUCAAAAAUCUGACCUGUUUCUAYUUAAAGCACACAAGAAACAGUUUAGCAAGGCAUGGCUGGCUUUCCUAAGCCAGUCCCUUACAUCUGAGAUGCAUAAGAAAGUCCUGUUGAAUCUACACACAAGUGUAAUCCCUUAUAUGAAUGAUCCAAAACUGCUGAUGGAUUUUCUGACAGAUUCAUACAAYUCUGGAGGUGCUAUAAGUCUCCUUGCUUUGAAUGGACUGUUUAUUCUUAUCCACAAACAUAAUCUUGAYUAUCCAGACUUCUACAAGAAGCUGUAUGCACUACUAGAACCAGGGAUCUUUCACGUUAAGUACCAGUCCAGAUUUUUUCAUCUUCUGGAUCUGUUCUUGACAUCYACACAUUUGCCUGCCUACUUGGUGGCUGCAUUUUGCAAGAGACUUUCACAGCUAGCAUUGUCUGCAACACCACAGGGCGUCAUUCUUGCUAUCAUGUUUGUGAAGAAUUUGCUUAAAAGGCACCCGAGUUGUCAAGUUUUGAUUCACAGAAAAGAGGUUUCAAAGCUUCUUCUCAAUGGUGACGAUGAACAACGUAAUAGGGUUGAUCCCUCUAGUGAUCCUUCCCAUGAUCCCUWUGAUCCCAAUGAGCCUGAUCCAGCCAAGUGCAAUGCUCUACAAAGCUCACUUUGGGAGCUCAAAACCCUUGAGAGCCACUAUUAUCCAAAGAUGCCUGCUCURGUGGAAGCCUUCCAAAAGCCACUGGACAAGGUUGAAGUGGAUAUAUCUAAGCACUUUGAGGUUGGAUAUGAUGAUCUUUUUGAUAAGCAUUGUGURAAGGUAAUGGAGAGUAAUGCAAUUCUGGAGUAUCAAGUACCCAAGGGUAUUCUGGGAGCAGAAUUGUCAGAGAUGUGGACUCUUGAGGACUAAUGUGUCUUCAUUGUAGACAUUUUUAGUUUACAGGUCGAAGUGUGUUGUUUUAUCUCAUAGGAAACUAUUUUCAAACUAGUUAACUUGGAAGCGUCAGCCUUCAUGCAAGUACAUGUAUAUUUCUAGUUCUUUAAAAAACCCUG